UCGUGUCAUAGACAUUUUGCAUUAGGGUUUUCUCUCUUGGCUGCUGCAGUUAAAGCACCGAAUCUUUCAACCCCAACCAUGGCGACUCAACAAGCUAAAGCAUCCGUGCAAUGCUUCGGAAGGAAGAAGACGGCCGUCGCCGUCACCCACUGCAAACGCGGAUGCGGCCUGAUCAAGCUCAACGGCUCCCCGAUCGAGCUAUUCAACCCAGAGAUCCUCCGAUUCAAGAUCUUCGAGCCGGUCUUUCUCCUCGGGAAGCACCGUUUCGCGGGCGUCGACAUGAGGAUCAGUGUCAAUGGCGGUGGUCACACUUCCCAGGUCUACGCGAUUCGUCAGAGCAUCGCCAAGGCGCUUGUGGCGUUUUACCAGAAGUAUGUUGAUGAGCAGUCGAAGAAGGAGGUCAAGGACAUUCUGAUAAGGUACGAUAGGACUCUGCUCGUGGCGGAUCCUAGGAGGUGCGAGCCGAAGAAGUUUGGUGGGCGUGGCGCUCGUUCGCGUUUCCAGAAGAGUUACCGUUAAGCGAAUCUGGUUUGUGUUUACUUUCUUUUCUCAACCGUGAGAAAUGAGUUGUUGAAGUAUCAUCUUUUGAGUUUUGUCUUUAUGGUUAUUGGAUAAUGUUUUGACAAUGUCUUGAUCGUUUACUAAACUUCUCAAGUUUUAAAUUUUGAAUCUCUUA